CUGUCCGCCGCGGGGCCACCGUGCCGGAGAGCGGGCAUCGCUGCGGGACCGAGCGGAGCACGGCAGUGGCUGGACGUGUGUGCCCGCGGGUCAUGGACGGGCGGGCGGUGCUGAUCCAAGCGCUGCUGGCGGCAGUGUGCUCGGCGGCGGCGGGCGGGCUGCGCCGGGACGAGCUGCACAACGAGGUGCUGCACAAGGGCGGCGGCGGCGGGGUGCCGGUCCCGGCCACGGCGCCGCUGCUCGGCGGCAGCCCGGAGAAGGAGGGCGGUGGAGCGGCCUCGGGGGACGACUUCAGCGAGCUGCCGAGAGUUGCCUUCCUGUCAAAGCCUCAAGGCCUCGUUACUCCCAAGAAAAAAGGGAACGGCAAUAAAAGAAGAAAAGGCAAAGGCCUGGGGAAGAAGAGAGACCCGUGCCUGCGGAAGUACAAGGAUUUCUGUAUUCACGGCGAGUGCAAGUACAUCCGAGAGCUGGGAGCUCCCUCUUGCAUAUGCCAGCCAGGCUAUCAUGGAGAGCGCUGCCACGGCCUCUUGUUGCCGGUGGAGCACCCGCCCAGCGCGUACGACCACACCACAGCCCUGGCCGUCGUUGCUGUUGUCCUGUCCUCCCUGUGUCUCGUCAUCAUCGCAGCCCUGCUGAUGCUCAGGUGUCACAAGAGGGGUGGCUACGAUGUAGAAAACGAAGAGAAAAUCAAGCUGGGCAUCACUGUGAAUCACUGAGGAUGCCGGGUGCUGGCGAGGGGUCGGCACGAAUGCACUUCUACCUCCUGGAAGAGGCGAGACCGCGGCGCCUGCGGCACGGGGCUGCGGCACACUGGGGGCUCGCUGGAGCACCAGGACGGCACCGGCGGGGCUGCUCGGGCAGCGGCGGCGCUGUGGCAGCUCCGUGGCCACCUCCGGCACGGAGCGGGCUCGGCAGCGCUGCUCGGGGGCACAGGGGCUCUCCGGCGGCUCUCCGUCCGUUGCAGUAUGUGCCGAGCAACAAGCUGUGAAAGGGAGGAGACCGAGCUCGGGGCUUCCUUCGCCGCAGAAAGGGGGGGAGGGUAACAGCUAUUUAACAAGAUAUUUUUCAUUUUAAAUUAUAUAUUUAUUUUAGAUAAACUGUACAUAGUAUUUAUAUUUAUUGUAGGUCUGGCCCUGCAUCCUUCAUGUACGUCAAGAUGACAGGGUCAGACCUCUCUUAUUUUUUAAGUGCAAUGUAAUAUUCUAAUAAAUAACACUUUGUAACAAACACUUGGGUCAUUAAUUGAAUCAUGGAGGUGGAAAGGAGUCAGAAUUCUGAAGGCUGCAUUCAGCACCAGUUCCAUGCUGGUGGGGUACUGCCAACAGCAGCAGAGAUCCUGAGUGUGUGGUCAGGGCUGCUGACCAGCUUGUGCCAUCCUUGAGGAGCAGUGUGGUGUAAGGGGCUGGAGGCAGGAUCCAUCUCAGCUUGGCUCCGUGUGGAUUAUUUUGGAGAUUUUCUUCAUUUUUGCCAGCUGGUGCUUUGGGAAGAGUGUGAUGUUUGUGUGUCUGCUCACCAAGUAAAGCCGCCUCCAGUAUGAAUAAAGCCCUGCUGGCCACUGAUCCAUUCAAAUGGGAAUAGUCCCCGGUUUUAAGGCAGCAUUUGUCAUUCAGACACUGGCACAGGUUGCCUGGAGAUGCUGUGGCUGCCCCAUACCUGUUGGUGUUCAAGGCCAGGCUGAAUGUGGCUUUGAGCAACCUGGUCAACUGGAAGAUGGACUGGAUUAUCCUAAAGGUGCCUUCUGACCAAAUAAUAUUAUGAUGGUUCUAUGAUUUAGGAAAAAA